CUUAAGCCGAAAUUAACAGGUUCUGUCUAUACACAAUAAGACUGGAAUGCGAGGAAAGGUGUUCUGGAUCAUGUUACCCUCGCUUCAAGGCCUUGCGCCAACGCUUUUGUUUCGCUGAACUUAUAAUGAAGUACCAUUCUCUCUGUAAUGCUACGUGCACGGGCUCCUCACUUCGUUGGCCUUGUCUCUUGCAUUGCGACUGGACUGACUGGACUGUUGAGCUGUCCGACUACUUUUACAGCUUCAAGCUCAUCUAUUGGCUUAAUAUACAAUGGUCACUGUCACUGGGAAUGUACUUUUCUAUCAUGUACACCCAACGCCACCACCAACGGUCAAUAACCUGACUUUGCGCCAAAAGGCACAGCUGCGCAGGUCAAAUAACAAACUGACGAAGGUGCUUGGUGCAGCUCCUCAAGUGGUUGAUGAUUAUCCGCUGAAAGUGUCUCGACCAUUACCGCUUACUCCUACGAAGAAGCUACAGCCUUCACUCUCAAUUUCUUCGGGAAAAUCCUCACAUAAAAAGUCGAGAAGCGCGGAAGAACGAGUUGAUCCAGAGCUGUAUCCGUUAUCGUCCUCUCCUCGUCCGGCAUCUCAUGAUGGUCUCCUCCGCCGCUCUUUGGAUUCGAAGACGAAAAGCAGGACAGGGGCAAGAAGCGCGCAAGCAUGCUCGCGAUCAUUCUCCUUGGAAUGGGAAUUGCUAACUGAGGAUGAUUCGUGUUCGCCGGUUCGCCCGAGACCCAGACCGCAGAAGGAGAACCAGGAUGAGUCCCGUCCAGAGUCCUUCAGCCGCGACUCUCUGUGCGACUCACUAUACGAGCCGAAGUUCGUCAUCCCGUCAGCAACAAAGCUGCGCCGAGAGAAGAUGGCACGCGUGUGCAAGCUGUUGGGUGAGGACGUGCCUGUCGAUCUUGUCUUCCCAGUGGCCGACGACGAAGUCCUUUCCAAGCCUGAGGACAAUGUUAACGUUGUUCCGGUUCCUGUGCUAGACAUUUGUGCGCCACAAAAGGUCGAGACCGCACCGCUGCCACCUCCCAAACCGCGACGCAAGCCGGUGCCAAGGUUGUUUCCGGACGCCGAGCAGCCGCGCUGGCCCACAUCGCACGCACAAUAUUGCACGCCACCGCUCCUCGAAACGAUCGUCGAGCAAAGUCCACGUGCAUCCUACUCCUCAUCCACCUCGUCGUCCGCGGACAGUGCAUACUCCGUUCUCACGACGACGACCUCCUCUUCGUACCGUUUCUCCUCUUCCGGAUGCCUUUCUGACGAGUCUUCACCGGCUCCGUCUUCGGCGCACGAGAGCAGCAUUGGUACUGCCGUAAGUGCGAGCGCGCCACUCAUCUCACAAUCUCAGCAGAUCCGCGAAAUGUCUUCAGGUACACAAGGACAUGGACGCAGAGAAUUUGCGAUCUACGUUCCCUUUCGUCGACGGGUACACAAGGGAAGCUGCCAAGUAGAGUUUGAGAAAGACCCGGGCCAGGCAUUCGAUAUGGUUCACAGCAUGCUGGAUUUGCGUGUAUGAUCAAUGAUCGCCUUCAGAACCAUUUUUAUCUGUUCUUUGUAAUUGUCAUUACUCCAUCUUCCAAUUGAUCCCAAUUCGGAUACUCACAUUUGUUGAAUUCCUUUGCCCACAGUUAAUCCUUAAUAUGCCAGACAGCGCUGGGUCGCCUAUUAUAGACUUAGUAUAAUCGCAUUUUCUUUUCAUCCUGUACAGUUGUUUUCUUGUACACCGCAGUUUUCAUAUCCGGGAAAUACACCACAGAAGCU